AGGAUGGAUCCAUAUGUUGCCGACGUGGCGGCGACGCGAAGGGCGGGGAUUAAGAGUCAGCGAGCGAGAGAGAGAGUUGGGUGAAGUGGUGCGCGUGGACAGAUAUGAUUUGCAAUGUCUGAGACAGAGGAUGGCGAAAGGAGUGAUAUUUCAGCUGCUGUGGCAAAGUUGUCUGUGGAAGAUGAGUUCAGUGUACAAUCUGGAAAUGAUGCUGAAGUUCCAACAAUUGCAGUGUCUUCACAAGUGGGUGAUUCUUUAGAGCCUAAGUCCAAUCCAGUGUCAGUUGGGAAUAAGAGCUCCAUCCAACAAGAGAUUGUUUGCCACACUGAGGCUGAGGAUGAACAUAAGCCAAGUGAUCCAUUAGAAGAUCAUGCAGCAACUGAUUCUGUGUUGGCAGAAGAAACAAUUAACCUAUCUGCUGAGUGCAAGGAAGCAGUAAGUCUUGAACAAGAAUCCAUCAGAUUUCAGGCAUUGGAUGAACAUGCAUCAACAGAGGAAAAUGUUGUUGAGGAAUCAACUUCUGACAAAAGAAAAGCCUGGGGAUCCUGGGGAACCUGGGGGAAAUCAUUGCUCUCCACUGCAACAGCAACUGUUGGUCAUGGGCUGAGCACUGUAAUGGAGAAAGCAGAAGCAUCCCUCAAAAUUCAUAGUUCCCAAACAUCUGAGGAGAGUUCACUGCCUGAGCCAAAUGAAGUUACAAAGUUAUCAGAUCCACAAGAAGAAAUCGAUUCUGUAACUGUUCCAUCCUCUUCCCCCACUGCUGGAUCUCGUGGCAUGCUUUCAACAAUUUCGAAUGUUGUUCAAAGCACAGGUAAGACUGUGAUCACAGGUGGCUUGGACGCACUAGAAUUUAUCGGCAAGAAGACAAUGAAUGUCCUUGCAGAAAGUGACCCUGGAUUCAAGAAAACAAAAAUAUUAAUACAUCGAACUGCCACUUUGUCCCAGAUAUUAAGGGAAGCAAAAGAGAAGGAGAAACAAAGAACUACUGUUGAGAAGACUGCUCACUAUGGGAUGUUGUUUGAUGACUUUCAAGGUCUAUCACAUUUGGAAGCUUUGGAAAUUCUGUCCAAUGAAAGUGAAAUAAAAGUUCAGUCGGUUUUGAUGUCUCUCACAGGGGAAGAAUUGGAGACUCUGAAGAAGGAUUUGAUCAGUAUUAAAGAGGUUUUCUUACUCAAAGAAUUAAAUACAGAGGAAGAACACGAGGACAAGCAAGGUGAUGAUAAUGAGUUUGUAUACAUGCUAACUGAGCUGCUAUUUGAGUUGCACGUAGCUGCUACUCCAGACAAGCUUAACAAGGCAAGGAGAAAGGCUUAUGACUGGGUGAAAGAGACCAAUGCUUUGCUUGCAGAAGAAGAUAAAGAACUGGGAUCAGAAAAAAAUAAUGAAAAAGAGAAUGAAGAAGAGAAACUAAAAUACAAAGCAAGUCAGAAGGACAAAAUAUCUGUAGAGGAUGUUUUGAUGUUAUCAAUUGAGAGUCUGGCUGAGAUAACAGCUCGCUGCAUUGAGCAACUCCAUAAAGUGGCUGAGUUAAUCCUCCAUGGACAGGAUGUGGAGAAGUCAGCAUUGGAUCAGUCUAAAAUCCUCACUAAGUUAACUGUUGCAAUGUGUACAGAAGUGUCCUCAUUGUCUAAGAAAUUUGUUUCCUGUUUGACUCGAGCAGGGGCUAAAAAGAAAGCAGAGGUUUUAAAUCCACAAAUAAAUACUAUAUUAUUUGAGGGCUCUAACAGUACAACCUACAUUCAAGGUGCAUUUCAGUUACUGCUUCCAAUUCUUCAGAUUUGCCACCUGCAGUCCAACAUCAACAAAGUGGACAACUAGAAAACUCUGUGACUAUCUUUGCAUUUAUUAAUAUAAGAUUUUGAAUUGCAGAAUUUUGGACAGCCAGCUGCAAAGUUGGCAGGAGCCUGGUUCUGCUCUGAAAGGUUUACACUAAAAUUGUAGAAAAGAAAUAUUAGUAGAAUUUGUUAAUUUUGUAAGCAUAAUUAUAACACCAAUUGCCUUAAUUCUUGGCAGAUCUGAAAUAAUGCAAUGAAAUGAGUAUAUUCUGUGGUGUACCAUACUCUUUGAAUAGCAAUGAAUACUAACAGUACAUAUAUCAAAUUUCUUAACUCCAGUGCCUGAGACAUCUGAGGGUGUAACUCAUGCAUUAACUUUUACAGUAUUUGAAAAUCUUUUCAAUUUCAAAUUACCUUUUAUUCACAGUGAAAAACACUAUUUGUGAUAAUAAUUAAAUCACAGCAUUGAUACAAGAAUUUAGCUUCUACUCACUUGAGAGUGAAGAUGCACUUUUUUAUUUUAGUAACAGUAAACACUAGACAACCGUCGGUAAUAUUUUUGCAUCAUUAUAAUAAUUUCUUUAGUGUUGCAAGGAAAUAAUGUUUUGAUUCAGGAUGAGAAACAAGAGUGUUAUUUAUUGUAGGGAUUGUAGGGAAUCACUACAAUGCUUUAGAUGCAAUAAAUGAAUAAAGAGUGAAGGUUAAAUGUUACUGUAUAUUUUAAAUUUCUUGUUGAAAAUUUCUGCUGAAUAGCCAUUAUUAAAAAUAUUAUUGAUAUAACUUACACUAACCUGAAAUGAACAAAAAUAAAUGCUUGUUGGUUAAACACAUAAGCAUUGACCUCCCACAGAGCUGUCCUAAUCUCCCAUUGAAGCUUCAGUGAGAGUCCAACAGAAUCUUAGAGAAUAAAUGCAAAAGUGGCAAUUUCACUAGUAUCUCUGCUUAUCACCAGUGAAGUUGUCACACUUUUUGGAAAUUUGAUCUUGUAUUUCAAAUUUUUUUUCCUUUAACCAUGCAUUAUAUAUUAGAAUACUCUCCUUCUUGUAAUCCAAGUUGCAGUUUUCUCAAGAUUUGGAGAAGUUUUAAGUCAUGUUUUAAUUUAUAUAAAGUAAUUUGAGAAGUUAAACAGUCAGAAAUGAGUGAAGAUUUGAGGUUGAACUUAUAGCCCCCACUAUGCUGGGAGCAGAGACUGAUCACCAUUAAAAAUUGUGCCAUUGGUAUUGUAUCAGAGCCCCUGCUUCAUUCUCCCAGAUCAGGAUAGUGAGAGCAACAGGUAUACCUACCUGCUUGUGUAGGAUGACCAAUUAAACUGGUUGGUGACCAAUUGAAAAACAUUGAUUGGGAUUUUCCAUUUGGCUUACAAUUUCCUGUCUGUGAUGGGGAGUGGUUUUCAGUGCUCCAGGCAGACAUGAAGACCUCUCCCAUUUGCCAGGGCAUAGCACCAAUUGCAGAUCACAGCAUCAAUAGGCUUCUUUCCUAUCCCCCUUAGCUGUGACCCAGCUGCAAGGACCAUUUUUAAUAUUUAGAAACAUUGUAUCUAGGGCCCCUGCAUGUUGGGGGCAGCCUCACUUUCACUUUAAUGUCACAGCAUCCAGCUGCUGCUGCUUCUUAGCUGGUAGGCUGUGACUAUAGCCUUAAUUUUAUAGUGAGCUUACCUUCUGACCCAUAAUCAGCUGCUCCAUCAGAAAGUCCACUAAGUGCUUGUUUCCCACACAGCACAAUCUUCUGACCCCUAAACAAAGCAGAGGGCAGGUCCCACAGCCUAACAGGAAAAUCCUACACGUUUUUAUGAUGUUUUGAUUUGUGUUAAAUUAACAAAAAACAAAAUAUCUGUGGUUUAAUAUAGUAAAUAAAUAGACUUUUGUCUAGAUUUUGUUUGUUUAGUCAUAUAUAGCAUAAAAUGGACAAUCAUUCAGCUGUAAAGUCAUGGGCACAAUAGAUCUGCACUUGGCAUUUGUUGUGAAACAGGAGAGGCAGGUACAUAUCUAAUUCGUCUAAGAGAUGGACAACGACUAUAAAACUAAAGAGAAAACUGGGCUGACUUUGUCACAGGCCCAUAUUUAUUUCCAUAAUCUUUGCCAGAAGUUUGCGUUCAUCUCAUUUUGAUUAUGUUGUCUAUGUAUUGGCUGGCGUGUUCACAAAAAGGAAGUGCAGUCUAAACACAACACCUGAGACUAACAGAAUUGAAAAGCACAAUAUUUGUAAAAGAAGUUCAGGAAAACUUUUGUAACAUCAAGUUCCUCUUUCUAAAGAUAUUAGUACCAAAUUAAGUACAAUACUUGUUUUUAUUAAUGGUUCAGAUACCAAAGGUGAUAUCGCUGAGUUGAACGUCUCAGUGAAAAGUCCCACCUUCAGUUUCCGGCCUCUUAGAGGUGCUAGUGUUGGCCUCAGCAUCCGAGGCUGCUGCUUCCAGUUGUUAUUCAGUAACUCCUAAUGGAGAUGGCAAUCUUUGAGAAGAUAUUCAGGCAGUGAUUGAAUAACUAGUCAUCAAUUGAUACCAAGGCUCACAGAUGAUGAAUGGCUAUUUGGAUACAAUAGCGGGGUCAGCCAGUGCACAUGGAGCCACAUUCAAGGAGUCUAAAUGUUUCCAGUUUUGUUUUAAAAUGCAAAUGGUAUAUGACUAUUAUAUACAGCUGUAUAAACUUUACAAACUGUUAUUGAAAAAUUGAUGAAUUAUUUAUUGUUUAAAUCGCAUUCAGAGUACAAAAUGUCUAACCAUCGUCAUGAUGUAGCAGGAGUGAGAUGAUCACAUACAGAUCUUAGCAAAUGUUACAUGGAACUGAUACACAUUCCAUUGCUGUUCAGUCAGUUGAAGUUCUAUUCAAGUUAGCAGAGGAAGUAAUUAGGCCAUCAGAUUUUCAUGGGUUUUUUUUCUGUUAAUUUGUCAAAAAACAAAGCAAAAUCAUGUUCAAUCAAUGUCUUUUUUAGGUUAUAACGUUCUUUGCAAUCAGAAAAAUUACUUUUAUAAAAACUUAUUCAUCAAAGCAGGUAUGUUUGGAAGAAGCAAAUAUUUCCCUGAAAAUUAUUGGUGAGAGCCAGUAUCCGAUUUAAUCAGACCUAACCUUAAACUUAGAAAGGAAUAAAUCAACAAGUUGUCCUCUGUUUUGUUUUCAUUUGUGCUUUAUCCAAAUAACAGAAAGAAUAUUCAGCAAGAGUGCAACGUUGAAACCUUUCUCGAAGGCAUUAACAUUUCUCUGUAAAAGAAAUGAUAACUGUUGUUUUAUGUUUUUUAUGUUUACUCAACCUUCGUAGUCUUGAAAAUGCUAUUGAUAAUGGCAUGCAUCUGCUUUUCUAUGGAAAAAAAAUGCACUAAACAACUUUACAAUAGAGGUUAGUUAACAUCGUCAAAGUUUGGCUGUCUCAUUGUUAAAAUUAAUUCCUAUGAUAAUAUAAAUCCAGAAGUUUACAGUUUGUUUUUCUGUAUAUCACAUUGUAGUUCUCAUAUGAAGGAGGCCAGUUGGAGUUCAUAUGGGGCAAUAGUUCAAAACGUGAAAAAAUAUUAAGCAUUCAAUUGACUCUUAAUAUUUAGACCUGAAACACUCUGUACUGCAAAUGAUAAUUAAGUUAGUGAAUAGAUUUAUAGUAAAUUUAGUGAGCAGUUAUUCUGCUCAAUAGAUUCCUCCUUCAUUUUUUGUUAACCAUUUUGGCUUGAAUAAAUAUUACUGAGGGAAAUUGUG